AUGCACCAAAAAAGGAGAUUCAGUUUGUUUCUUCAGUCUAUUUGCUCGGCUUGGCUACAUAACAUAGAAGAGACGAGAGCAUUUGAAAAGCGGGCAAGAUGGACCUUUAUCUUCGUGCUCAGUGUCUGGUCCUUUGCCCGUCAGCUGGAGGUGGAGAUCUCAAGCCGUGCACAUGUGCGCCUGCCUGAGACAUGUUCAGUGUGA